AUGAGAUUCCUCGCAGCAGUGUUGAUGUUAUGGAUGAUCGGUUCUGCGCACAGUUCCGAUGAAACUAUAAGUUAUGGAUGCAACGCAGAGAGCUAUAGAGAAGGGAGCGGAUUUGAUUCGAGUCUGGGCUAUGUUUUUGUGGAUUUGGUAAAUUCGACGCCGGUGAGUUUAGGAUUCGAUUUGUACGAUGUUUCCCCUCCCAGCACCGGCGGCCCGCCGGUUUACGGGCAUGGGCGUUGCCUGAACAGUAUGUCGGCGGCAGAAUGUUUCAGUUGCCUGGGUAGAGCUAAGGAUAUUGUCAGUGUUUGCUGUGAUUUGCGAAUUGGAGGUUGGGUUUUGAUAGUUGGUUCUUGUUAUAUGAGAUACGAGAGCUAUGCUUUUAGAUAG